AUGGUCAUUCAACAGGCGCAGCCGCGCAGCAUUAUCCCGGAAGAGGUGCACCUGGUGAAUGCCCGCCUGGAACGGGAAGCCACAUCCAGCAGGCAGCCCCGGGCCGAGGUCAGAGGCUGCUCACCCGCCUCCCGGGUCCAUCUGAGCGCGACUCCAGCGGGGCUGCCGAGCCCACCAGCCCGCCCACCCCCCUCCCACGGUUACUUUCGGCUCACAUCCGGCUUCCGGUUAAGCAACAGCCUCCCACCGGAAGAUGGGCACCCCGACUUCCGGUCCCCUUUAAGCCCCUCUAGGACACGGCUUACAUUGGCAAGGCACGUUUGGGAGACCGCGACAGAGAACGCGUCCCGAGCCCCGGCGGCACCGCCCGCCCUCGCCCGCCCGAAGAGCAAGGAAACCGUUGACCCGGCCGCCUGCCUGCCUGGGGAGGUCUCCGAGCCGCGGGGUGGAAGGCGAAAGGCGGCGGCGGCUGCGGGAAGGAAGGGGCUCAGGGGGCGCGCCACGCCACCGGGCGGACCUCCCCAGGCCCAGGCGCCCCGGCGCUGCUCGGCCCCCUCGCAGGGCACCCCCCGCCGCCCUCCCCGGCCCACUGCUGACCCUCCGGGCCUCCCCCCGGCCAGGGCGCGGGCAGCGCGCAGUCAAGAGGCGUUACCUGCAAGGCCUCGGCGCAGACUGCAGCGCCCUUCCCGCCCCAGCCGCCUCCCCGCCUCCCCCGGCAGGAAUUUGGAUGCGCGCCCAGGCCCAGAGCCGCGCUCCUUAAAGCGCCAGGCGAGCGCUCCGGAGCCCGGCCGAGGCGGCCAGCCUGCCCAGGGACAGCCCCUCUCCGCCCCUGCUGGAGCAGACCCAGGCAGGAGGUAG